CCUUGUUCCCUCACAUUCAAAACAUAGGGAGAUGAAUGGCAGAGGGGCAGCGGAAUCGCAGUCUCAGUAGCAUCUGGUGAGCUCCAGAGAUGAGGGACCUGGUCUGGUUUAUCCCCUGCUGUAUCUCCAGCACCAAGAACAGUGCCUGGCACAUAGACAUACAUAUCUUUUGUCCUACAGCAUACACCUCCCUGCACAACCCCAGCAAAAUGGCUACUUUGGGACACACGUUCCCCUUCUAUGUGGGCCACAAGCUGAUCUUCCCAAUGGACAUCACAUUGGCUGUCAUCAUCGCCAUCUUUCUGACUGCAGUGGUCACCUUCAUCAUCAUCCUGCCUGGCAUUCGGGGCAAGAUGAGGCUGUUCUGGCUGCUGCGAGUGGUGACCAGCUUAUUCAUCGGGGCUGUGAUCCUGGGGGAGUGUAAUCCUGGGCAACUGCCUCUGUCCCAUCUAGUUCCCACAGCAGCCAGCCUCUCCUCUCCUUGUUUCCUCAUGGCAUCUUCUGGUUCAGGGAAGGGCAGGGAGGGAGGGCCAUAAGCAGAGUGUCACCAAAGGAAAUCUUGGAUUCUGACCCCUUUAUUCAGACAAACGAACCAUGAGCCAGACCCUGAGCUAGUAAACAGAUACACAGUUAUGAGCAAAACAGAUCUAGACCCCUUCUAGCUCUCCUUCUGACUCUAACCCAGUAAUGCCUGGACCUUUCUGAGUUCCCAUACGUCCAACUACCCAA